CUCAACGCACCAAGAAAAUCCACAAAAUCUGUUAAUGUUCCCACGGCUCUUUAAUUGCAACAUUUCGGCCUUUAUUCAGCAAUCAAGAAACGAGGUUUAGCUUCACAAUUUGGAAUGAAUGAUCUACGGUUUAUCCAUGGUUUACUUUUGUUUCUUUGCCUUGUUGUUCUAUCUUCAGCUGAGACUAGAUUUCCAAUGGCGAAGCCAGGAUGCAAUGAUACUUGUGGAAAUGUGACAAUUCCAUACCCAUUUGGGAUUGGCCCUGACUGUGCUCUCAAUGAAGCAUACAACAUAAUCUGUACGGAUGUCUCUGGCGAUUCCAUCCAUGGUUUAAGGCCAUAUCUGGGGCUUCAACCGGGACAAAGUUCCCAAACAACCAUGGAGGUGCUGGGAAUCUCCCUGAGUGACCAAACUGUAACCAUCAAUUAUCCAGUUUCUCAAAUCUGCUCUGUGAACGGGUCAACGGUUGAUACGGCCUUGAUGGAUACUUUCCUUGCUAAAGUUCCUUUCUAUGUUUCUAGAGAACAUAACAAGCUGAUGCUUCUUGGCUGUGGUAAUGCUCUCCUCAAAUUGAUAAAUGGCGGUCCGCAGAUCUUGUCUGGUUGCACCUCAAUGUGUAACAGCACCAUGAUAACCGGUUGCUAUGGUAUCAAUUGUUGUCAGGCAAGCAUUCCAUACUACCUCAGCCAAUACAGUUUGCGCUUAACAGCCUCUCAGAACUUUACAUCUAGCACCUGUGCUUAUGCCUUCUUGGUUGACCAAAACUGGAAGUUAGAGAGUUAUAUCAACCCUCCAAAAGUACUUCUGGUUCAUGCUCCUGUUGUUUGGUCCUGGCCCCUUAAUCAUUCUGAAAUCGUUACCAUCUCAGGUUGCAGUCCCAGAAUAAGCUCCCUUGAGUUAGAAUCCAGCACCAUUCCCACUUAUCAGUGUGAAUGCAGCACCUUAGGAGAUGAUACGUGGUUUUACCAAGUCAAUCCAUACUUAGAUGGUGCCUGCAAACAUGCCAUUUCGGAAAUCAGUGGCAAGGGGAACAGAAAAGCGAUUAUUACUGGUACUACCGUAGGAGCUGGCAUGUUGAUUCUUUUGAUCACUGCCUUUUGUUUGUACAACGUAGUCAAGAAGAUGUACAAAAAUAAGCGCAAAGAGAAGUUUUAUAGAAGAAUGUUAAGACAGCAGUUAUCUGCAGAGGAUAUUGAAAAUGCAAAGCUUUUCACUGCUAAUGAAUUAAGCAAGGCCACUGACAACUUCAAUGAAAAUCGAAUACUCGGUCAAGGUGGUCAAGGUACAGUAUAUAAAGGGAUGUUAAAUGAUGGAAAGAUAGUAGCAAUCAAAAAGGCAAAAAAUGUGAAUGACAGCCGCUUUGAGGAAUUUGUCAAUGAGUUAGUCAUUCUGUUGCAAGUUAAUCAUAGGAAUGUGGUAAAACUCCUAGGCUGCUGUUUGCAAAGUGAAGUCCCCCUACUAGUUUAUGAAUUCAUCCCCAAUGGAACCCUUUACAGUCUAAUUCAUAGCCAGAAUGAUGAUGAGUUCCCAUUCACCUGGAACUUGAGACUAAGAAUAGCCACAGAGAUAGCAGGAGCAUUGGCAUAUCUGCACUCAGAUAUUUCAGUUCCCAUCUUACACAGAGAUAUCAAAUCCAGCAAUAUACUUUUGGAUGAAAAAUACAUUGCCAAAGUAUCUGAUUUUGGAACUUCAAGGUCUAUUGAAGUCGAUCAAACUCAUUUAACCACACGUGUUCAAGGGACUUUUGGCUAUAUGGAUCCAGAAUACUUUUUGACAAGCCAAUACACAGAGAAAAGUGAUGUAUACAGCUUCGGGGUUGUUCUUGUUGAGCUACUAACAAGACAAAAGCCAGUAUCUUGCAUACAAACAGGAGAAGAUGUUAGCUUGAGUUUGGCAGACAGGUUUCUGAAAUCCCUGAAUCAGAAUUCCCUCGGGACAAUUCUUGAUCCUGAACUUGCUGAUGAGAGAAAUGAAGAAGAGGUCAUUGUUGUUGCUAAGCUCGCACAACGAUGCCUAAACUCUAACGCGAAAGCAAGGCCAACAAUGAAGGAAACGCAUAGGGAGUUGGAAAGCGUGAAAUCAUCCAAAGGGGAUUCAGCAAUUCAUGCAAAAUUUCACAAUCCAAGUUGUGUUGGGGAAGAAGCUGUUGGGAUAUCUGAUAGUACAUGUUAUACAUGGACAACAUCAAGUGAUCCCGUUGAGUCACCUUCAGAUGCUUACCCUUUCAUGUAUAAAACAGUAUAAUUGAGGACUCCCACUCUACUUUGCAGUAAUGCAUUUAGGUUCAGCAAUAUGAUACUGAUCCCUAUUAAGUUGCAAGCCAGUGAGGAUCUUCUCUUGACUGCAUGUAUGCAUUAAGUAUCACUUUUACUGCA